AUGGUUGAUUUUGCGAAAUUUAGGCAUCACAGCCUUUUUUUUACUUCUAAGGCUCCAAGGCCGCAGUUUUUCACGCCAACACGACCACGUGUGCUAGGCCGGGAUAACCGCGUGCCCAUUGGUCGGUCCUGGGAAUCUCCGAUCGAUAUCUCGGAUUCAAACGCUACGGAUCGAUGUCUGCAUCCUUUCAAACUAGUCUGGGCUUCAGUUUUCCAGAGGAUGGCUGCCACUUCGGAUAUGUUUCUGCAGGCCCUACAACGCUAUUUGGAUUCUACGGUAGCUGCGCAGGGAGACGCAGAUUGCGAUGGAGCAUCCCAGCAUCCGCCAUAUAUUUACCCCUCCGUUGACCUCGGAUGUCCACCAGGGCCGCCGCCCCCUCUGGCCCCUAGGAUUCCCUCCUUUUCUUCUAACUACAUCGGUUUCCCCUCCGCCGAACACCACCUCCGUGCCUAUCAAGCGGUACGCGCCGAGGUAGCUCCCUUGAGACCGUCCGUGGAAGGGGCUUUUGACCAUACACUGCCCGUGCACACACCGCAACAAACGGUCUCCCUUCUUCGGAUGGCCGCUAGGUCGACCUUUGAUCCCCCAGUGGCAAGACAACGUGCCGCUGCAAACAACGAUGAAAGGACGUAUAUUAUUGGGUCCUACACAGCUGAGGCCUCAACCAUGCUCGAUCUUGCACUGUUGCCUAGCCUCAGCAGGGCGGACCCAAAUUGCUCCACCCCCGUGGAAGUGGAUAUGACCCUCUCCACCACCGAACCUUCCACGGGGGCAGUAUUUUCUCCGUUGGAGGAGAAAAUUGAAUGGGAAACUGACGCACGGAGCGAAGUGCUCAUGACACCAGGUCUCCGCAAAAGGCACGCGAAACUGGUCACACAAGCAGCAAAUGUGCGGCAUGAACUUAGCACAGUGGAGACCUGUCUAUGCUAUGCACAACGCCAAGCUUACCCACCAAUUCACGGAGGAGGGAGUCCAUAUGCCUUGGAGUCAUCUGCGUCGGUUUCUAAGGCGAGAGCAGCCUGUACAGAAACUGUUGAAGUCUGUGUGGACUAUAAUUUGGAUGAGUCCCUGCUAACUCAAAGUCAUUACCGGAGCCAGUAUAGGUUGUCCCGGGUCCUGCGGCGAAUUUGGCACCGCGUAUGCUGUUGCAUUCGCCCGGAAACCGACUGA